GUGACAACAUACACCAUUAUUCUCUCUCUGUCUCGCUGACAAAUCUGUUUGUUUACUUAAGAGGUUCUCUGGGGACUAAGGGACUAUCUUUUUUAGGGUGUUUUGGGUGAUUAGUUAGGGAGCCAGACGCAAUGGCGUCGCUCCUGAUGCGUUUAUUUCGUAUGGGUGCUGAAAAGAAGAAGAUUCAGCAUUAUGAGCACCUGCGCAGGGAUGUGGACCCCCGUCAGACUUGGGACACACUCGGAGAGCUUGGCGAUGGAGCGUUUGGGAAAGUCUAUAAGGUUCAAAACAACGACAAUGACGUGUUAGCAGCAGCUAAAGUUAUAGGUGUUCAUAGUGAGGAUCAACUGCAAGAUUAUAUCACUGAAAUCAACAUCCUGGCAACCUGUCGUCAUGGCAACAUCAUAUCUUUGCUGGAGGCCAUCUACUUUGAAGGAUGGUUAUGGGUCAUCAUUGAAUUUUGUCCUGGUGGAGCGCUGGAUGACAUCAUGUUGGAGCUGGAGCAUGGCCUCUCUGAGCAGCAGAUCAGUGAGGUGUGUUUCCAGACAUUGCAUGCACUGUGUUACCUGCACCAGCACCAUAUCAUCCACAGAGACCUGAAGGCUGGAAACAUUCUGCUUACCAUGGAAGGCCGUAUCAAACUUGCCGAUUUUGGAGUAUCUGCAAAAAAUGACAACACCCUCCAGAGACGAUCGUCUUUCAUCGGAACACCAUACUGGAUGGCACCAGAAGUGAUCAUGUGUGAGACAUCAAAGGAGAAUGCAUACUCAUGUAAAUCUGAUAUCUGGUCUCUGGGUAUCACACUGAUAGAGGCAGCUGAGAUGGAGCCUCCACACCACACUCUGAACCCCAUGAGAGUGCUGCUGAAGAUCACCAAGUCUCCUCCACCCACACUGACCAACACUCGAAUAUGGUCAAACCAUUUUCAGGAUUUCCUGAAGAGGGCACUACAGAAAAACCCUGAGUCACGAUGGGGAGCACAGCAACUACUUACUCACCCAUUCUCAUACGCCGGGCGGAUCGGACAAACACUCAAGGAGCUUAUUGCUGAAGCUAAAGCAGAGGUCACUGAGGUCAUAGAGGCAGAGUCUCUCUCAGAUCUUCAGUCCUCUGUGGACGAACCUGUAACCAACCCAGCGACACCUGUGAAAGAUGCAAAAGAUGAGCCAGAAAUUCCUCUGACACCUACAUGUGAAGAACCUCCUGAAAUUCCUUCUAAUUCUGAGACGAACAAAGCCCCCAAAGUGACGCGUCGGGCAUCGGGUGCCAUAGAUAAGGCACAGAAAAGAGCCAGGCGUUUAUCAGUCCCGGGAAACCUCCUGUCUUUCCUGACUCGCCGUAAAUCUGGAUUCUGGAGUGAUGAUAUGAAAAACCUGGAGAAUCAGGCGCAACAGGAGGUCAUUGUCAGCCCUUGCGAAGGAGAAUCACAUACAAGUACACUAGAAAUUGAGGAAGAAGGGAUGGAAAAGGAAGAGAAACCUAAGGAGCUGAAAGAUGGACCUGAUCAGAGCCCAGAUAAACUUGAUGGAGAAACAGAACAGAAACCAAUGCCUGAGAGUGACAUGGACUGCAAGGACAUCGAGGCGAACAGUCAGAAAGAUGAAGAAAUGCAACAGGAGGUCAUUGUCAGCCAUUGUGAAGGAGAAUCACAGACAAGUACACUAGAGACUGAGAAAGAAGGGAUGGAAAAGGUAGAGAAACCUAAGGAGCUGAAAGAUGGACCUGAUCAGAGCCCAGAUAAAGUUGAUGGAGAAACAGAACAGAAACCAAUGCCACAGAGUGACAUGGACUGCAAGGACAUUGAGGCAAACAGUCAGAAAGAUGAGAAAAUGGAACAGGAAGAGAAUUUAUCUGAACAGGAAUCACUACAGGAUACAGAGCUUAAGAUUAGUCCAAAUGCUGAUCAAUCUAAAGAUGAGCAAACUUUCUGGAGAUGUCUUAGUGAACCGAUAGAAAAAGACGAUAGACUUGGAGUAGCUGAUUUGCAAAAUGUUCUAAUUGGCAUGCUGAAUUUGGAAAUUUCGCACUUAUACCAGAAACGUGAAACCAAAGAAGUAAGUUUAUACGAUUAUCUGGAUUUAGCUGGACAUGGGACAGCUUCUAAAGUCAUGUCCACAGUAGAGUUAAUUGGAAAGCCAGUUGUGGAAGUUUGUGUUCUUGCUUCUGCGAAAAAGACAAGCGACGAACAGACUGAGGGUGUAAUGCAGAAGGGUUUGAAAGAGGAUGGAGAUGGACGAGUUGAAGCUAAAGAGGAGGAGGAAAAGAUAGCUGAAGAUGGAGGCAAACACAAAGAGGAGGUAUGUGUUAGGAAAGAAAUAACCGAAGAGACAGGGAAGGACCAACAUUUUGACAAUGCUGAAAUAACAGUGCAAAUAAAUGAUUUAACUGGUGAAGAAACAGCACAAGCCCAAAGUCAGCAAGAAUCAGAACUGAAAAAAGAAUCUGAGCAAAAUGAACCACCUGAAGAAGAACUGAAGAAGGAGAAAGCACCAGAAGAGAACAAUUCCAGACAUGGGACAAACCCUGAUGAGAUCCCAAGUCCAGGAAGCAGAGAUGUGGAUGAGGAUGUAACAACUGACCAAUCAGAUGAACCCAGGAAUCUCACAGAGACUGAUUCACAGAACGAGUCGCUUGCAAAUGACACAGCAGCAACGUCACAGCUUCAUACUGACUGUCCAAUGUUUACCGAGACACCAACAGAUGAAGUGAGCUCAAAAAAGUCCAACGGUGUUUCUUUUGACAAAAAGGAUACCAAAAGUACCAAGCAGGUUAGCUUUGCGCACAAACAAGAGACACACAGUAUCCUGAAUGGCAACUCAAACACAGAAGCAGCUCACACCGAUUCAAAUGGUUUACUACACCAUACCAAUAAUCAGCACAAUGACGAGUCAGCGCUUUCACAAAAAACUGAAACGAAUUUACCUGUGGGCCGGAAAACAGUGAAGAAAACUCGAAGAUUUAUGGUAGACGGGCGCGAGGUGAGCAUCACAACAUCAAAAGUGCUCAGUGAGAGAAAUGAUAAAGAACAGCAGAUGCGCUCAAUCAGGCGACAGGAGUUGCACGCUCUGAAGCUGCUGCAGCGAGAAGAACAGCGAGAGUUUACACAGCUGGAACAGAAACUGCAGCAACAAAGAGAGAUGAUGUUCCGGCAUAUUGAACAGGAAAUGAGUAGUAAGAAGCAGUACUACGAUAGUGAACUGCAGCGUCUGGAGAAACAGUACGAACAGCAGAGCCAAAAAAUGGAGACCGAGCACACGGCACGUCUCCAAGAUGAUGCACGGCGUCUUAAAUCCCAGCAAGAGAAGGAGCUCCGAGCACUUAAAAUGGACCCUAAAGAAGAGCAGCGUUUUCUGCAAAAGCAGCAGCAGGAGCUAAAUGAAGUGCUACAGAAAGCUGUACAGGAACACAAAAGGAAAGUGGCUUCCAUGGAGUGGGACAUCACUGUCAAAUCUCAGCAGCUCAAGAGAGCACGUGAGUCGGUGGUCUGGGAACUGGAACAGCGGCACCUGCAAGAGAAAUAUCAUUUAUUCAAGCAGCAGGUGAAGGAGCAGUAUUCUCUACAGAGACAGCAACUCAGCCGGAGACACAGCAAGGAUGUGGAGCGUGUGUCACGGUUCCAGCAGGGCCUAAUAGAUGAGCAGAAGUCUUCUCAGGCUCAGGAAAGAGCGCAGUUUCAAAGGGCUCAACGGGCUGAACUCAAAGGUUGCAUAAACCGGAUUAGGCAAGACCUGAGGAAGCAGGGGUUAAGCGGGACCGAACAGAGGCAAAAACUCACACAGUUCAUGUCAGAGGACGAGAGCAGGCAGAAGCAGGAGUUCAAGUCUCUCCAGGAGAGUCAGGAGCUCCAGUUUAAGGAACUGCAAGAUCAGUGUGACUUCAACAUCACUGAGCUCCAUCAGCUACAGAAUGAGAAACUGCAGGUUCUGGUGGAGAUGGAGAAGAAGAAGAUCAAAAGGUUGGAAGAUGAACACACACUAGAACUGAACGAAUGGAGAGAUAAACUCGCCUGCAGGAAAGAGGCACUGGAAGAAGACCUGGCUCGUAAAAAAAGAGAGUAUGAAGGAACCAGAAGACGAAGUGAAGCAGAAAACCGAUAUGCUCGGCGUUCCAGAUUCUUCCCAAACCUCACUUUUCACUGACUAACUCAAACUAAACUUUCAUGUGUUUAUGUAACUAUAUGUAUUUUAAAUUGAUCCUGAUGUUCUGGAAUUGUGUCUUCAUCUGAUAUAAACACUGAGCCAGUAUGCCAGGGUGAGCGAACAACAUUUAAUACAUAUAUAAAUAUAUACAGUGUUGCUUAAAUGUUUAUGAGCCCCUUAGAAAUUCCUAUAUUUCUGCUUAAAUAUAACCCAAAAUAUCAUUAAGUCCUAAAAUUAAACAAAGUGAACACAAUCAAACAAAUGAAUCAACAAUAUUAUACUUUUUCAUUUAACUAUUGAGAGAUAUGAUCCAGAAUUACAUCUCUGUGACUUGCAAAAGAAUGUGAACCUUUACUUUCAGUCCAGAAGAGCUUCAACACUCGGAUUUAAUGGGUGUCCUUACAUGAACUGUAUGAUUCAGGUCCUUCCACAAUUUUACUUUGGAUUAAAGUCAGGAUAUUGACUUGGCCAUUCUAAAACAUUAUCUUUGUUUCUCUUCAAUCAUUCUUUGGUACACAGACUUGAGUGCUUGUGAUCGUUGUCUUGGUGUACGACCCAUGUAUUCUUGAGAUUCAGUUUAUGGACAGAUGUCUUGCCAUUUUUAUUUAGAGUUCACUGGCAUAAUUCUGAAUUCAUUGUUCCAUCAAUGAUGGCAAGCUGUCCUGGCCCAGAUGCAGCAAUACAGGUCCAAAGCAUGAUACUACAACCACCAUGUUUCAUGGAUGGUUUAAGGUUUUUAUGGUGGAAUUUAUUAUUUUCCUUUCUCCAAAAAUAAUGCUUCUCAUUUUAAAACAAAAAGUUUUAUUUUGGUUAUUUUGGUCAUUCCUCCACAAAUUAUUUUUCAAUUGUCUUCUGGCUUGUCCACAGGAUCUUUAACAAACUUCAUGGGCUGCAAUGUUUUUUUUAGAGAGAAGUGGCUUUCUUCUUGCAACUCAGCCUUGCACACCAAGGUUUAGUGUUCACCUGAUGGCAGACUCAUGAAAAUUAACAUAAGCCAAAGUAAAAGAGACCUUUAGUUGCUUAGAAGUUCCCCUGUAUUCCUUUCUUACCCAACAGACUAUUACUGUACAUGUCUAUCUUUUGGAGUGAUCUUUCUUGGUUGACCACCUCUGGGAAUGUACCAAUGGUAAUGCAUUUCCUAGACUUUGGAUAUAUCUCUGUUCUUUAAAUAAAAUUGGACACUCAUGGAGACCUGAUAAUCUCAUUGACUGAAAACAGAUGGACUCUAAUUUGACUUUGAAAUUAAGUACUAAACCUAGAGAUUUACAUACUUUUGCCUCUCACAGAUAUAUAAUACUGGAAUAUUUUCCUGAAUAGAAAAAUUAGUUAGUAUUAUAUAAUAGUAUAAUAUAUUUGUCUGAUCUGUUUGAUUGGGUUCACUUGGUCUGCUUUUGGGACAUUUGUUUUGGGUCAUAUUUAUGCAGAAAUAUAGAAAUUUCAAAGGGUUCACAAACGUUCAAGUGACACCGUGUUAUACAUUUAUAAUAAUUAUAUGUAUGUAUAUAUUUACUGUAAACAGCACAACAGUGCCAAUUUUCACAUCUGUAAUAUAGAUGUAGUAAAUAUGACCUGGAUGUGUAUAUAGCAGUGUGUGAUACAGUGAAUGUAAAGAACCGACUUUAGCAUUUAGGUUUUUUAUUUCAAUAGCUGUGUAGUGAUGCUGUACUGUGUAUAUACAAAAACUCUCAAAGCCUUGUACAAUGGCACUUGCACUGUGUUUCUUAAUUAUUUUCAACACGAUCACAUGAGCAUGUCUGGAGUUCACGUGAAAAAUUCAGUUCAUCAAUUUCUACAUUUCUGGUAUGACGUACCGACUCUCACUGGCUUUGAUUACAAUAAAAUUCAUUUAUUUGCAAUAAAAAUAUUGAAUGGGA